AUGCGGCCAGUAACGGCAAAAUGGCCGCGGCCGCCCAAAAAAAGCACGUUUGAUCCCCGCGGAGCUCUUGCACUUGGCUCUCCUUCACUGGCCCUGUUUGGAAAAAUGUCAAAGGAAGCACAGCUCUCAGUUGCAGAGCGCGACUUCAUUCUUGAGGCGCUCCGUGAGAAUGUGCGUCUCGAUGGCCGCGGGCCUGACCAGUUCCGUCCUCUGAACCUGUCGUUCGGUGAUGAAUACGGACAUGUGAAGCUUCAGGUGGGCAAGACUAGCAUUGUUGUCCGCAUCUCCGCUGAGGUCACAAAACCCCGCGACGACCGUCCCUUUGACGGCCUAUUUAACAUCAAUCUCGAAUUGUCCGCAAUGGGCUCACCAGCUUGGGAGAAUGGACGCUCUAACGAUCUGGAAGCCUACGUUACCCACGUUCUCGACAGCGUCAUCCGCCGCUCGAAUGCCCUUGAUACCGAGUCCCUUUGCAUCCUUAAAGGUGUCAGCUGCUGGAGUAUCCGCGCCGAUGUACAUAUUCUCGACUACGACGGCAACCUGACCGAUGCGGCCUGCAUUGCGAUCAUGACCGGACUUCGACACUUCCGCCGGCCGGAUGCUGUGGUGAGAGACGGGCAGGUCAUCGUCUAUGGUGUGGAAGAUCGGGUUCCCGUCGCGCUGAACAUCACCCACAAUCCACUUUCCGUCACAUUCAAUGCCUUCAACGAGGGCAACAAUAUCAUCGUCGAUGCGACUCGCAAGGAAGAACAGGCAUCUGAAGGAGAACUCGUGAUUGGUAUCAACAAUGGAGGUGAUGUUUGCUUCCUCUCCAAAUUCUCGGGUGCGCCACUAGAUGCGAUGGAGGUGGUGACCAAGUCCGAUGUUGCCCUGGAGAAGGUCAAGGAAAUCAAUGCCAAGGUUGACAAGAUAAUGCAAGUUGACCUUGCUCGGCGGGCAAAGUUGGGAAUGGCAGAUGAAUCACGGGCAGAGAAUGACAGGUGAUCCAAAUUCAUGCCCAUAUUGUAUGACUAAAACCUUUACGAUCCUGGGAU